AUGCCUACUGUCCGUGUGGGUGCCAUUCAGGCCGAGCCAGUGUACCUGGAUCGGGAGGGGGCCGUCAACAAAGCUAUCGAGCUCAUUAAAGAGGCCUCGCAGAAAGGCGUGCAGGUCCUAGCCUUUCCGGAGGUCUGGAUCGGAGGGCCUAUCUGGGCGCAAUCCCCAUUUGAGUCCGGCGGGUUCGUCUCCAAGUACAUCGCCCAGUCGUUGCCCAGAGAUUCGCCCGAGAUGAGACGGAUUCAGGAUGCUUGCAAGGAGCAUUCCGUGUUUGUCGUGUUGGGGUAUAGCGAAAAGGACAAUGGCAGUAUCUACAUGGCUCAGGCCUUCAUCAACGAAUCCGGUGAAAUCAUCCACAACCGUCGCAAGAUCAAGCCCACCCAUGUGGAGCGUAGCCUCUGGGGCGAAGGCCAGGCCGACUCCCUCAAAUGUGUCGUCGACUCCCAGCACGGCCGGAUUGGCGCCCUGAACUGCUGGGAAAACCUGCAGCCUCUCCUCCGAUACUACGAGUACAGCCAGAACGUGCAGAUCCACGUGGCGGCGUGGCCUUCGUUCGCGGCACAUCCGCGCGAGGUCGACUUCCCGCUGCCAUACAGCAACUCGGGCGAGGCGAGUCAGCGCCUGAGUCAGAUGGUCGCGAUGGAGGGCCAGACGUUCGUCCUCUGCGCGACGGGGGUGCUGAAAGCCGAGAGCCACGAGCUGAUGGGGGUGAAGGACCGAGGGCUUUUCCACAAGGACGGCGGUGGUUUUGCGAUGAUCUUCGGGCCGGAUGGGAGACCGCUGGUGGAGCCCAUGCCCGCAGGAGAGGAGGGAAUCCUGACGGCAGAUGUCGAUCUGGACGCGAUCCACGGCGCCAAAAACAUGUGUGACCCGGUGGGUCACUACUCCCGGCCGGAUCUGCUGAGUCUGCACGUGAACACCGUGCCAGCCAAGGCGGUGCACCAUGAGUAG